GCAGUAUUCAUGGUCUCCUUCUCAGCACUUCGAUGAAGACAGCUACUCCCCUCCUCCACCCAGGAACAUGAAGGCUCUAUCGGGUGGCCGGCCCAGCCAGCUCCAGAUCACCUCAGCUCACACCUGCGGCCUGGCCGACUGCGACCACUCCCUGGACCACCAUGAGUCCCGCACCCCCUCAUACCUCCUCAGCCCCACAGAGAGCUGUCUCAUGGAGCACCACCGCUGCUCCCCCCGUAGCUCCAUCCACUCUGAGUGCAUGGCGAUGCCAGUCUCUAUGGCCAACACAGACCACUCCAUCUCCAGCAGUACCUUUCCCAGGAUGCACUACAGCUCCCACCACGACAGCAGCGGGUCGCGGGACGGUGGUAGUAAAGGAGGAGAAGGAGGAGGUGUUGGCUGUGGAUCACGGGAUCGAGAUGAGUGUGGCUCAUCGCAUGGCGGUAGCGGUAAGAUGAACAGAAUCCCAGCCAACCUGCUGGACCAGUUUGAGAAGCAGCUUCCGUUACACCGUGAUGGCUUCCACACAUUGCAGUACCAGAGGGCAUCCACCACCACUACGGAGCACCGCAACGAGAGCCCUGGGAGGAUCCGACACCUGGUACACUCAGUCCAGAAGCUCUUCACCAAGUCCCACUCCCUGGAGGGCUCGUCCAAGAUGAACGGAACCAAGGGAGACUCGCACCGGGAAGGCUCCCACCACCACCAUCAUCACUACCAAGGACACCACAAACACAGCAAGCGCAGCAAGAGCAAAGAGCGUAAGUCAUCAGACAGCAGCAGUAAGCAGCGCUCCGGGGUGGCGGGCUGGUGGAGCUCAGACGAUAACCUGGACAGUGACAGUACGUACCGGACGCCCAGUGUCAUGUCACGCCAACAUGUGGAUCACAUCAGCCACUGCUACCCCGACUCUGUCCACAGCCACUACGGGGACCUGUCGCUCAAGACCUCCAAGAGCAACAACGAUGUGAAGUGUUCCGCGUGUGAGAGCGUGGCCAUGGCUCCUGAAGGGAAGUUCAUGAAGAGGAGCUCCUGGUCAACGCUGACCGUCAGCCAGGCCAAGGAGGCCUACAGGAAGUCCUCCCUCAACCUGGAGAAACCCAUGAUGCCCACAGACAUCAAGCCCAACCUCAGGCCCUGCCACUACCUACAGGUACCUCAGGAUGAGUGGAGUGGUUACCCAGGGGGAGGUAAGGGUGAUGAGAUCCCCUGUCGGAGGAUGAGGAGCAGCAGUUACGUCAAAGCCAUGGGUGAUGAGGAGAGUGGAGAGUCUGACUCCAGUCCCAAGACCUCCCCCGUGAAGACGGUCCGGCCACACUCACUGGUCAAGUCUGUCAUGCAAAGACCGCUCUUAGACUCCCAGAGCUCUUACCGGGUGAAUAAAAUGAACAGUGACGUGUGUAACUACAUCACGAAUUUUGCUGCAGACUUAAGUCAGAGCUUCCAGGUGCAGGCCUCCAGAGACAUGCACCCCCACCCCAGCUUGGCCCUGGAGCCCUCCACCAUCUAUAACUACCGGCAGCCACCUCUCCCAACAGCCCAAUUCCGCUCCAGGAACCAGAGUUACAUGCGGGCAGUCAGCACUCUCAGCCAGGCAAGCUGUGUUAGCCAGGUCAGCCAGGUGAGUGAGACAGAGAUAAACGGUCAGUUUGAGUCAGUCUGUGAGUCGGUAUUCAGUGAGGUGGAAUCUCAGGCUGUGGAGGCUCUGGACCUGCCCGGCUGUUUCCGGACACGGAGCCACAGCUACUUAAGGGCCAUCCAAGCUGGCUACUCCCAGGAUGAUGACUGCAUCCCCAACAUGACCUCCUCCACCCUCACCUCUACCAUCAGGGCCACAACAGGGAUCCAGUUCCGCCUCCCCUCCACCUGCAGCACUGACCGGACGACCCACCAAACCCCAGAGAUCACGUACACAAACAACUACAAGAAGAUGACCCCUCCGCCGGUCCCGCCUCGCUCCACCGUAGGCUCUAAGCCCCUCAUCUCAGUCACGGCUCAGAGCAGCACAGAAUCCACCCAGGAUGCGUACCAUGAGGGCAGACCUCCUCGAGGGUGGGGGGACGCGCUGGGCCUGAGCCUGGGCCGGUCCUUGUAUAACUCCACAGACAGUCUGGACAGUGCCAAGGCGGUGACUAUAGCCAUGGAGGCUGCAGGGGUGAUGUCUGGGAAGAGACACCCGUCCACAGACAGUCAUAGCUCAGUGAUGACCUGUGAUAAAGCCAUCCUGGUGUCCAAGGCUGAGGAGUACCUCAAAACACCACGCUCCUCCAUAGGUAUACAGGUGGAAGCAGCCACCGACUCGGAGUCAGAAACCAAAGGAUCGAGGGAAUACCAUUCUGUGGGGAUCCAAGUAGAAGAAGACAAAAGAGGGCAGGGCAGGUUGAAGCGCUCCAACAGUGUAACAGCCUCCGUUCAGGCUGACAUGGAGAUGGAGGGGUUUCCCACCAUGGAGGACAAGGGCCUACAGUUUGGAGGGGGCUUCCUAGGGGGCCACUCUGAGCCCAGCACGCCUACUCAGUACGGAGUUCGCACCGUCCGCACCCAGGGCAUCUUCAGCUACCGGGAGGACUACCGGACACCCACGGAGCCCCCCAGCCCCCAGCAGACCUCCAGCGAGACCACCUGGCAGCUAGAGCCCCCCUCUCCCAGGGAGCCCUCAGCAUCGUCUGGAGAGUCGGGCCGGGUGUCCCCCGCCUUGCGGAGGGAUGGAAGCUGGUUCAUGCAGCUGCUCCACGCAGAGACCAAGAGGAUGGAGGGAUGGUGUAAAGAGAUGGAGGCAGAGGCAGAGGAGAACGACCUCUCUGAGGAUAUCCUAGGUAAAAUCAGGAGUGCGGUGGGCAGUGCUCAGCUCCUUAUGUCUCAGAAAUUCCAGCAGUUAUACUGGCUUUGUCAGCAGAACCUGGACCCCAGUGCCAUGCCCCGCCCCACCUCUCAGGACCUGGCUGGAUUCUGGGACCUCCUGCAGCUGUCCAUCGAUGACGUCACCACCAAGUUUGACAAGCUGCAGCAGAUAAAGAACAACGACUGGAGGCCCAUAGAGAAGAGCCCUGAGAAGAAGUUACCACCUGCCGUACCAAAGAAGUCCAUGAUCGGGAAGAGAGGCGUGACGCGGGAGAAAUCCCUGGAUCUUCCAGACCGCCACCGCCAGGAGGCACGCAGGAGGCUGAUGGCGGCCAAGCGUGCAGCUUCCUUCCGUCAGAACUCAGUGUCAGAGAGAGCAGACAGCAUCGAGAUCUAUAUCCCUGAGGCCCAGACUCGCCUUUGAGAGGACUGGGACAGGGGUCAGGGGUGAGGGGCGUCUCCCCCUUCAGACUUCCCCUCAACUAGACUCUCCUUUAACUAGCCUUUUUCUAGACUAUCUACUGUACACUUCCCUCCUUUAUCUGUCUCCUCAUGACAGUCAUCAUCUUCUGAGUUCAUCUCCACUCCAGUCCUCGCUAAGUACGAUAUCACAGAACCCCUCAUCCAUUACCAAAUAUGUAUUAGUAGAUGUACAGAACCAGUCAACAGUUUGGACACACCUACUCAUUCAAAGGUUUUCUUUAUUUUUGCUAUGUUAUACCUUGUAGAAUAAUAAUGAAGACAUCAAAACUAUGAAAUAACACAUAUGGAAUCAUGUAGUAACCAAAAAAGUGUUAAACAAAUCAAAAUGUAUUUUAUAUUUGAGAUUUUUCAAAUAGCCACCCUUUGCCUUGACGACAGCUUUGCACACUCUUGGCAUUCUCUCAACCAGCUUCACCUGGAAUGCUUUUCCAACUGUCUUGAAAGAGUUCCCACAUAUGCUGAGCACUUGUUGGCUGCUUUUCCUUCACUCUGCGGUCCAAUUCAUCCCAAACGAUCUCAAUUGGGUUGAGGUCAGGGGAUUGUGGAGGCCAGGUCAUCUAAUGCAGCACUCCAUCACUCUCCUUGUUGGUCAAAUAGCCCUUACACAGUUGGGUCAUUGUCCUGUUUAAAAACAAAUCAUAAUCCCACUAACCGCAAACCAGAUGGGAUAAAAUCAAAUCAAAUCUUAUUGGUCACAUACACAUGGUCACAUACACACAGAUGUUAAUGUGAGUGUAGCGAAAUGCUUGUGCUUCUAGUUCCGACUGUGCAGUAAUAUCUAACAAGUAAUCUAACAAUUUCACAGCCCAACAAUUACAGCCCGACAGGAUGCUCUCGAUUGUGCGUCUGUAAAAGUUUGUGAGUGUUUUCGGUGACAAGCCAAAUUUCUUCAGCCUCCUGAGGUUAAGUGGCGCUGUUGCGCCUUCUUCACCACGCUGUCUGUGUGGGUGGACCAUUUCAGUUUGUCCGCUCCCUCUGCUGUUUCCUGAAGUCCACGAUUAUCUCCUUUGUUUUGUUGAUGUUGAGUGUGAGGUUAUUUUCCUGAUACCACACUCCGAGGGCCCUCACCUCCUCCCUGUAGGCCGUCUCGUCGUUGUUGGUAAUCAAGUUGAGUUGAGUUGGAGGCGUGCAUAGCCAUGCAGUCAUGGGUGAACAGGGAGUACAGGAGAGGGCUGGGAACGCACCCUUGUGGGGCCCCAGUGUUGAGUAUCAAACAUUGCUCAUAUUUCUUGGUUUCCUACCCUUACCACCUGGAGGAGGCCCGUCAGAAAGUCCAGGACCCAAAUGCACAGGGUGGGGUCGAGACCCGAGGUCUCGAGCUUAAUGACGAGUUUGGAGGGCACUACGGUGUUAAAUGCUGAGCUGUAAUCGAUGAGCAACAUUCUUACAUAGGUAUUUCUGUUGUCCAGAUGGGUUAGGGCAGUGUGAUGGCGAUUGCGUCGUCUGUGAACCUUUUGGGGCAGUAAGCAAAUUUGAGUGGGUCUAGGGUGUCAGGUAGGGUGGAGGUGAUAUGAUCCUUGACUAGUCUCUCAAAGCACUUCAUGAUGACUCAAGUGAGUGCUACGGGGCGAUAGUUGUUUAGCUCAGUUAUCUUAGCUUUCUUGGGAACAGGAACAAUGGUGGCCCUCUUGAAGCAUGUGGGAACAGCAGACUGAGAUAGGGAUUGAUUGAACAUGUCCAUAAACAAACCAGCUAGCUGGUCUGAGCAUGUUCUGAGGAUGCGGCUAGGGAUGUCGUCUGGGCCGGCUGCCUUGCGAGGGUAAACACGUUUAAAUAUUUUACUCACGUUGGCUGCGGUGAUGGAGAGCCCGCAGGUUUUGGUAGCGGGCCCUGUCAGUGGCACUGUAUUGUCCUCAAAGCGAGCAAAGAAGUUGUUUAGUUUGUCUGGGAGCAAGAUAUCGGUGUCCGCGACGGGGCUGGUUUUCUUUUUGUAAUGCGUGAUUGACUGUAGACCCUGCCACGUACGUCUCGUGUCUGAGCCGUUGAAUUACGACUCUACUUUGUCUCUACACUGACGCUUAGCUUGUUUGAUUGCCUUGCGGAGGGAAUAGUUACACUGUUUGUAUUCGGUCAUGUUUCCGGUCGCCUUACCAUGAUUAAAAGCAGCGUUUCGCGCUUUCAGUUUUGCACGAAUGCUGCCAUCAAUCCACGGUUUCUGGUUUGGGAAUGUUUUAAUCGUCACCGUGGGUAAAACAUCACCAAUGCACUUGCUAAUAAACUCGCUCACCGAAUCAACGUAUACAUCAAUGUUGUUGUCUGAGGCUAUCUGGAACAUAUCCCAGUCCACAUGAUCAAAGCACUCUUGAAGCGUGGAAUCAGAUUGGUCAGACCAGCGUUGAACAGACCUGAGCACGAGCGUUUCCUGUUUUAGUUUCUGUCUAUAUGCUGGGAGCAACAAAAUGGAGUCGUGGUCAGAUUUGCCGAAAGGAGGGCGAGGGAGUAGUAGCAAUGAUCCAGAAUGCUGCCAGCCCGGGUCGCACAUUCGAUAUGCUGAUACAAUUUAGGGAGCCUUGUUUUCAGAUUAACUUUGUUAAAAUCCCCAGCUACAGUAAACGCAGCCUCAGGAUAUGUGGUUUCCAGUUUACAUCAAUCAAUCAAGUUUAUUUUAUAUAGCCAUUCGUACAUCAGCUAAUAUCUCGAGUGCUGUACAGAGACCCAGCCUAAAACCCCAAACAGCUAGAAUGCAGGUGUAGAAGCACGGUGGCUAGGAAAAACUCCCUAGAAAGGCCAAAACCUAGGAAGAAACCUAGAGAGGAACCAGGCUAUGAGGGGUGGCCAGUCCUCUUCUGGCUGUGCCGGGUGGAGAUUAUAACAGAACUAUGCCAAGAUGUUCAAAAAUGUUCAUAAGUGACAAGCAUGGUCAAAUAAUAAUCAUGAAUAAUAUUCAGUUGGCUUUUCAUAGCCGAUCAUUAAGAGUUGAAAAACAACAGGUCUGGGACAGGUGGCGGUUCCAUAACCGCAGGCAGAACAGCAGCAAGGCCAGGCGGACUGGGGACAGCAAGGAGCCACCACGCCUGGCAGUCCCGACGUAUGGUCCCAGGUCUCAGGUCCUCCGAGAGAAAGAAAGAGAGAAGGAGAAAAUUAGAGAGAGCCAAGAUUUUCAAAAUGUUCAUAAAUGACAAGCAUGGUCAAAUAAUAAUCAGGAAUAAAUCUGUUGGCUUUUCAUAGCCGAUCAUUAAGAGUUGAAAACAGCAGGUCUGGGACAGGUAUGGGUUCCGUAACCGCAGGCAGAACCGUUGAAACUGGAAUAGCAGCAAGGCCAGGCGGACUGGGGGCAGCAGGGAGUCGUCAUGCCCGGUAGUCCUGACGUAUGGUCCUAGGGCUCAGGUUCUCAGAGAGAGAAAGAAAGAGAGAACGAGAGAAUUAGAGAAGGCAUACUUAAAUUCACACAGGACACUGGAUAAGACAGGAGAAGUACUCCAGGUAUAACCAACUGACCCUAGCCCCCCGACACAAACUACUGCAGCAUAAAUACUGGAGGCUGAGACAGGAGCGGUCAGGAGACAUAGAGUCCAAUGAACUUCUUUCAGGGCCGUCGAGGUGUCUGCUUGGCGGGGGGGAAAAACACUGCUGUCAUUAUAAUCAAAUUGAAUUCUCUUGGUUGAUAAUGCGGUCGGCAUUUGAUUGUAAGGAAUUCUAGGUCAGGUGAACAAAAGGACUUGAGUUCCUGUAUGUUGUUAUGAUCACACCACAACUCGUUAGUCAUAAGGCAUACACCAACGCCCUUUUUCUUACCAGAAAGAUGUUUGUUUCUAUCUGCGCGAUCUGUGAAGAAACCGGGUGGCUGUACCGACACUGAUAACGUAUCCCGAGUGAGCCAUGUUUCUGUGAAACAGAGAAUGUUGCAAUCUCUGAUGUCUCUCUGGAAGGCAACCCUUUCUCGAAAUUCGUCUACCUUGUUGUCAAGAGACUGGACAUUGGCGAGUAGUAUACUCGGGAGCGGUGAGCAAUGUGCCUGUCUACGGAGCCUGACCAGAUGACAGCUCCGUCUGCCCCUUCUGUGGCGCCGUUGUUUUGUGUCGCCUACUGGGAUCCGAUUCAUUUUCCUGGGUGGUGGUCCAAAUAGAGGAUCCGCUUCAGGAAAGUCGUAUUCCUGGUCGUAAUGUUGGCAAGUUGACGUUGCUCUUAUAUCCAAUAGUUCUUCCCGGCUGUAUGUAAUAAGACUUAAGAUUUCCUGGGGUAACAGUGUAAGAAAUAAUACAUGAAAAAAAAAUACUGCACAGUUUCAUAAGAACGCAAAGCGAGAUGACCAUGUCUGUCGGCGCCAUGUUGCUAACUGAUGGCGUAUCGCUGCAGAAUGCUGUGGUAGCCAUGCUGGUUAAGUGUGCCUCGAAUUCUAAAUAAAUCACAGACAGUGUCACCAGCAAAGCACCCCACAGCAUCACACCUCCUCCAUGCGGAGAUCAUCCAUUCACCUACUCUGCGUCUCACAAAGACACGGCGGUUGGAACCAAUAAUCGCAAAUUUGGAUUAUCAGACCAAAGGACAGAUUUCCACCGGUCUAAUGUCCAGUGCUCAUGUUUCUUGGCCCAAGCAAGUAUCUUCUUAUUAUUGGUGUCCUUUAGUAGUGGUUUCUUUACAGCAAUUUGACCAUAAAGGCCUGAUUAGGGCUAUCUUCUGUAUACUGUACCACCCCUACCUUGUCCCAACACAACUGAUUGGCUCAAACGCAUUAACAAGGAAAGAAAUUCCAUAAAUGAACUUUUAACAAGGCACACCUGUUAAUUGAAAUGCAUUCCAGGUGACUACCUCAUGAAACUGGUUGAGAGAAUGCCAAGAGUGUGCAAAGCUGUCUUUUUUUUUUUUUUUUUUUGUCAUUUAGCAGACACUCUUAUCCAGAGCAACUUACAGUAGAGUGCAUACAUUUUAUUACAUUUUUACAUACUGAGACAAGGAUAUCCCUACCGGCCAAACCCUCCCUAACCCGGACGACGCUAUGCCAAUUGUGCGUCGCCCCACGGACCUCCCGGUUGCGGCCGGCUGCGACAGAGCCUGGGCGCGAACCCAGCCCAGCCUGGGCGCGAACCCAGAGACUCUGGUGGCGCAGCUAGCACUGCGAUGCAGUGCCCUAGACCACUGCGCCACCUGGGAGGUCAUCAAGGCAAAGGGUAGCUGCAUUGAAGAAUAUAAAAUAUAUUUUGAUGUAACACUUUUUUUGGUUACUACAUGAUUCCAUAUGUGUUAUUUCAUAGUUUUGAUGUCUUCACUGUUAUUCUUCAAUGUAGAAAUAAUAAAGUUAAGAAAAACCCUUGAAUGAGUAGGUCUGUCCAAACUUUUGACUGGUACUGUAUACAUAUAUAAAAAUUGAUUCAUCAUUGGUUUAUCUUCUCCUUGGUUUCCCCAUGAGUUGUUAUUGUUUGUUAGUUUAAUAGUGUUACAUGACGGAAUACACAACUUCAAAAGCUCUCAUUGAAUCAUCCUGGAACGGUAAGUCUGUAUUUUUCAAAAUGUGCAAAGUGCAGCUUUGAAACCUACCGGCAACUAGAGAGAAUGCAAACCCAGUUACAAAUUGAUGACUGCAACUCUUGGAAACCCCUGCAAUUAUCCUACUUUUGUUUCCAAUUGUGCUCAUAAGCUAACAAUCACACAUGAUUGAAGUGAACCUACUUGAAAGUGCUAGUGCUUGAAAUACCUCAACUGUGCAUACCACACUGUAGCUUCUGACCAAGGGACAGGUCAUCCCUUCUGAAACGUCUGUUUUGUGAAAUCACAGUAACCUCUGGUUUGGUCAAUGUUGUCAAUGUUGGAAAAUGCAGCUUUCUACCAAGUCAGGUAGCAGUCAAAGGUUCAAGCGAGCCUCACGGUAGAAAAUGUUAUUUAAAGAUUUCUGAAUCAAGCUCAUUACCUUUCUCCAUUCCAGACUAUCCCCUAGAGUUCCCGAUACUGUUGACAUUUCACAUGUAACAACAUUUACUUGAAGCAGACAACAUGCAAAAAACAUUUUUCACAUAAUAUCAUUGCAGUGGGGGAAGAAAUGCUGUGGAACGUUUGCAUAGUUCUUUAGAUCAAAUAUAUACGUAGAAUAAUGCACUUUUGCACUUCUUAUAAUUCUCUGAUUUUAAAGGGAAAUGUACAAAGUUCACAACACUAUUGUUGUAUUUGAAUUGCAAGAGAGUAAAUUAGUAUUCUUAAUCACAUGGUUGAUUUUUCACCUCGUUUCUCCAUCCCUUCCUACAUAUCAUGUCGCAUCAAAAAAGUACUUCUGUAAUUUUUCCCCUAGAUGUCAACCCGGGAAUAACAGUUUCUAAACAAACAACACUCAAACACACAGGAGUGACAUAUUUUCGUUGAUGAGAACAAAGCUAUCUAUUGUUGAUUAUCUACCAGACACGCGCGGUGUGUGACUGUUUGGGACUGUAGCACGUUAUUACCUUGUAGCGGUUACUCCAAAAGGUAAUAAUGUAAAACAGUCCCAGAGUGAAGAGAUAUGAGGGAAGAAUAAUGCUUUUUGAUCCCCGGCUGAUAGCAAAGACAUGACAAAUGUGAAGUUGGAGAGACUUGAGUUGUUCUCUUGUGUCUGGAUGGUACUGUAGGGAAUAUGAGUCAUUGUUAAACUGGGGUUAUUUUCCUCUCUCACAGCUCAGACAUGCACUCCAGGGGCCUAAUAUGAUUCUGUGAUGUAGACGUUGAGGGGACUGUAGGGUCCCUGGGUAAUAAUGAGACAGAGAAUGGCAGUGACCAGGGUAUGGAUCAGUUCCCAUAAGAUGCUUGAGGAGGCCUGAAAAGCCCUAGAGCUAGAGUUGUUGGGGUGAGGGAUGACGUGUGUUGAUUUGAGGGGCACUUUUGGAAAUUCUUUUUCUGAUUCAAUGCACUGUAGUGGUUAUGAACCAAGUCAGUGGUGUUGCUUUUUACUUAGUCGAUCCAGUACUGGUUAAACAAUCAAUGCAACACUUACAGUAGCACUCUCUUAGCUAUUUGAUACAGCUCAAGUCUGAAAUAUCUAUUUUUGUGACUGAGAAAAUGAUAAUUGUUUAGUUUUGCUAAUAGGCUGCCUACACCUGGCUUCUACUGUAACUGAUCCAGAGAGAGAGAGCGGGAGGGAGGUAGGGAGGGAGAGAGGGAGAGGGAGAGAGAGGAAGAGAGAGAGAGAGAGAAAUAUUCGUUAUAUUGCAGUCAGUACCUUUCAGCAGACUGGAGUCCCUUUGUGUUCUGUUUGGGUUGGAGGAUCGGUCUUGUUGUGGCACUUUGUUGAUGGCUUCAAGAACAUGGGGUAACUGGAGGGUCACCGCAUCUCCAAGUCCACUCGUCUAUCGCUCCGUAGAGACAUGACCCAACUGUUACCCCCUUAGUGGUCCGACAGUAACAGUGUGGCUCAGCAGGGACACACACGCACACACACACACAUACUUUAAUCUCUGUCAUCCUAAAAGAUCAGGUUUUGAUAGCCUUGUCCUGGGGGUCAGUUCAAUUAUAGAUGUUUGGGAACAACACAAAUCAGAUGGAAAUUAUGACUUGUUAUGCAGCAUAUCACAGUUGGUUGCGGGAUACAGAAAAUAGUUCGAUUUUUUUUCAAUAUCAUAUCAUUUCAUCUUUACCUCAUUUGAAUCAGUUAUCUUUCUCUUCCAUGGCUUAAUUUUGUAUCAUGACUAGUUAGUAUAGAUUAAGCGAGUGUGAAUGUGGAAACAUUCCUUUCCAUUGUGAGUGAAGAUCUGGCUUCUGUCUGCAUAAAUCUAUCUGAGUGAUGUGAUGUCAUAUCGUUGGAGGGAGGGAACCAACCUAGCCAAAACUACAGUGCUGUAGCUGCAGUGCACCCUUGUGUGUCGUGCAGGAAGCCAGGAUCUGUGUUGGCAGGUUAGCAAUGUUCCCCUGCUGUUCCUACAGUUGUACGCAGACAGACGUGCAGCAGUGGCAGAGAAAGACUCACACGGACACAUGCUGACCUAGGUGAGGCUGGGAUCUCUGCUUUGAAGUCUAACCGCUGUUGUUCCAUCAUGCUGCAAGGCUGUUCUGUAGUUAUAGAAUCUGACAGUGUUGGUGAGCUUUUCUCAUAUACUGUAGUAUGUGAUGACAGAGAAAGGGGGGCUUACGUAAGUGACAUCCCUUAAAGGUCCUUGGAAAGAUCAACCAGACAGCCUCAAAGGUCCUUGGAAGCAAAAGUGCUGAUGAUUGUACUCUACUGCCUCUACUGUUGAAGAUGACAGGGUAAAGUACAUAGUGAUCACAGCACUGUAUGGCUUAUAUAUAUCUGGUUUGUUUCAAUAUCAGCCCUGGCAUCCCUGGAGGAUACACACUCUGACAUGAUCUCUGCUUCUUUUACAGUGUGUCACUGAAAUGACAGAGGUGUGUGUAUACUUAUAUGCAAAUUCAUCAGGGUUUGUGUGUGUGCGUGCAAGAGUGUGCAUUUGCUUUUAUGAGUGUGUGCCAAAUAUUGUAACUUUCCUUCUCUAUUGUUUGCCUUGAUGGGACAGCUGUCCUCUACUUGGUGGUUCCUAAUCUACAGUACAAUUUCCAGUUGGAUUCCAUCCAGACAACCCUCAAUACUCAUAGAAGCAUUAUGAAUGGUGACAUGGCCUAAGGUAUGACAAGUAGCCCAGGCAGAGAGCUAGCAACUCAGAUUGAAAGCUCAGAUUCAAUCUAACCACAAUGGAUUUAGCAGCAUAUUCAUGCAUAACUUAGAUUUUUUUUCAAUUCUUUAUAUGUCUGUGUGAUGAGUGUUUGAAAGGUCGAGGAAAUAAAAAGUGGAAUACAAAAAUGUACAAGGAGGAUCGGAGGAGUUAUAGUGGAUGUUCAGUAUUGAAAAGCAUGCUGCAUAUGUUUUACUACCAUUCCAUUCAUGAGAAGAAUUCGUUCUGUGCUCUGCAUUUGAAUUACUCAUUAUAGAGUUACAUUUUAUACAUACCACUACCAGUGCCAUUUAUAGAAUAACAAAUUGUGCCAUAUUCUAAAAUCGUAUUCUCAAUCCUGCCACAGACAACCAUUGGUUCUCUACUGUUGGUUUACCUUAGUCCAGAUCUAUUUAGGGUAAACUGCCUACAUUUGUUGUACCUGUAAGUAUAACAGUGCCAAUUUAGUCCAUUAGAUGGCGCCCAAGUUCUUUUUUUCAGUUAUUAAUGUAUAAUUAUUUUUAACAUGGGAUUUAUAAUAUUGUUUUCCCUUGAUUUAUUACACCAUAUCCUUUCCAUGCCCACAUAUUAUUUCCACUGUAUGUCCAAAUGGGUAACCCUUGCAGAACACACACAACCAGACAGUUCUAGUCAUUCAGCUAUAACCAGCCAAACAAUGAGACCCUGUGUUUUUCCAGGCUUUAAUCAAAUCAAGUCAAAUGUCUAUGGGACAUAGUGUCAGCUGGUGUGGUUGAGGGUGUAAAAUGACUGCUCAUUGGGUAUGAAUUCAGAAGGAAACAAAGUCUCUGGUAAAUGUGGCAUGUAGUUUGUUUUACAUUUGAUUUAUUUUGUCAUCUUCAUUUUGACUAUAGAUAAAACAGUCUGAAACUGAUACCACAGAUUAAAGUAGUAUUUUGUUUAGUUUCAUUCUAAUGAAGGCAGCAGAAAAAUAACUGCAAUAUUCUUUAAGCAAAUGUAGAACCCCCACCUACUGUACUUUACCUCUUUCCCCAACAUGUUUCAUCGGUGACUAGGACAGUUCCUCUUCAUCGAUGGCCACACUACUGGUUUGGCCUUGUUUUGUCUAUCUGCUUUGGAACACUACUAUUUAUGAGGGGUCUUUUUCUUGGCAACAUCUUGGAGAAAACACGAAGAUGACACACUGAUACACCACUUCCUGGAUCUCGGAAAGUGAAAUGACUAGACAAAUUCAAAAGGUAGUUAUUUAGCUAAACUAUUUUCAUCUCUUGUAUAUCAUAUCUAUAGUGAGGAUGAAUAUAAUGCCAAAUAUUAUUUAUUUGUAAAGAAAUAUAUAUAAUAAAUAUAUUAAUAUAUGAUAUAUGCCUCAUUGAAACAAUUUUUUGGGCUUUUACUUGUGUUUUGUUAUCAAUUUGUUACUUUGUUCGGGUUAUUUUGAUAAACUGUUGUGAUAGCAUGCAAAAUACUGAUACUGAAUGUAUGAUUUGUUUAUUCAUUGUCUUUUUGUAUUGACACUGUUACAUUGAUAUUUGUAUUUGUUCACCUGUUCAGCAAAGAUGCAUUUAUAUAUGUUUUAUAUGUUGAAAUGUUUACUGAUUUUGUUGUUGUUCUUUUUUUUAAUCUCUGUUAUUUUAAACACAUCACAACUGCAUUUAUUUUUUUUUACAAACAUUUUACAAAUUAACACUUUGAAGAUUUUGCCUCUUAAAAGUAGUUUAAUCAUUGCUGAUAUCAUCUGAUGUAAAUACUUCUGCAAUUAAUUUUUUUAUGAAAAACAUUUAAAAGUUGGAGAGGGA